CAGUCUUUGUUGGUGACCAGUGGGUGAGAUACCAGUUGCAGCUUUAUCAGUUCAUCUGAAAGUAUUUAUUCUGUUGGGGAAUUGUAUUUUGUUUUCACAACACAAUGUGGAGGACCGCCUUAGCAGUGGGCGUAACAAGUGCCUUGUGGGCUGCAGGGAAGCAGGGCCUCAAGGUCUUUGAUAUUUUGAUACCAUCACUAAACGGAUUACAGCUUGCCUCGGUUGCUGCUGGCAUCUACAUUACUGCAGGAGGUUACUACACACUUUGGCUUGCUUAUAAUACAUUACCUAGGGAUAUUACGGCAGCAUGGAGAUAUGUACAGUGUCACAUAAAACUGAAAACUGCAUCCUUUAGGAAUAUCAGCAUCCCAAAGAUGUUCAUGGAAAAUGUUAGAAAAAAUCCCAAUAAAGUAGCACUCAUCUUUGAAGAUCAGAAGUGGACAUUUGCUCAGAUUGAUGAGUACAGCAACCGAGUGGGUAACUUCAUGGUUAAGCAAGGUUUCAAGCAUGGGGAUGUUGUUGCACUUUACAUGUGGAACCGGCCGGAAUAUGUAUGCACAUGGCUUGGAUGCGCAAAGGUUGGUGUGGUUCCAGCUCUGAUUAACUUCAACCUGCUGAACGAUUCACUCAUCCACUCCAUCAAGGUGGCAGAAUCAAAAGCACUUAUAUGUGGAUGGGAAAUGCAAGAAGCUGUGAAGGAAGUGCAAGACCAGCUUGCAUUACCAAUCUUUGUAUCAGGAUUAGGAAAUGAAAAACCCUCAUUGACAGAUGUCAAAUGUCUGGAUUCUCUGUUGAAUCAGUCAAAUCCAACACCUCCACCUCAGAUAGACAAUGUUGAUAUUAAGGAUAAACUUAUAUAUAUUUACACAUCUGGCACUACUGGUUUACCAAAGGCAGCUGUCAUCAAACACUCCAGGUACCUUUUCUUCUGUGCUGCAGUCCAUUACAUGGUUGGCUUAAGUGAAGAUGAGGUUAUAUAUAACCCACUACCUUUAUACCAUACUGCUGGAGGUAUGGUUGGCAUGGGGCAGGUCCUGCUGUUCAAUAACACUGCAGUUAUUCGGCGCAAGUUUUCUAAAUCACAAUAUUGGAUUGAAGCUAAAAAGCAUGGUUGCACAGUGGGUCAAUAUGUAGGAGAACUGUGCCGCUACCUUCUUACCAACUCCCCUCAUCCAGAAGAGAAACAACAUAAAGUAAAGGUAAUGUUUGGCAAUGGUGUAAGAGAAAACAUUUGGGAAGAAUUCACAACAAGGUUCAACAUACCUUUCAUUGCGGAGUUUUAUGGAGCAACAGAAGGAAUUGCAAAUUUAAUUAACAUGGAAGGUAAACAUGGUGCCUGUGGCUUCCUGUCAGUCCUGUUCCCUAGUGCCAUACCUGUGUACCUUGUCAAGAUUGAGGAGGAGACUGGCGAGCCUAUAAGGGAUAAAAAUGGACUUUGUGUUGUGUGCAAACCAGGUGAACAAGGAGAACUUGUAGGUAUCAUUAAGAAGGAACAUCCAUUCCGUGAGUUUCAUGGUUAUGCAGAUGAAGCAGCCACAAAGAAGAAGAUACUAAGGAAUGUGCUGAAGCCAGGAGACACAGCCUUUAAAUCAGGUGACAUCCUUGUUCAGGACAAAUUUGGCUAUCUCUACUUCAUGGACCGAACAGGGGACACUUUCCGCUGGCGUGGAGAAAAUGUCUCCACUACAGAAGUCGAAGGAGUUGUAUUGAAGGCCACAGACCACAAAGAUUCUGUUGUGUAUGGUGUUGAGGUCCCAGGGGCAGAGGGGAGAGCUGGAAUGGCAGCUAUUGUUGAUCCAGAAAGAGAGAUUGACUUAGAGGAUUUCUUAAAGAAGAUUAAGAAAUCUGUGCCACCAUAUGCUCGGCCUUUGUUCCUCAGACUCCUUGAUCGUAUUUCUGUAACAG